AUGGAGCGUACAAGUGUACUCUCACUACCCGUUGAACUGCUAUACGACAUACAUAUUCACGCAGCGUCCCCGAAUCUCCCGCUGGCAUGCAAGCAUCUCUAUGCCGUGUGCAAGUCUGCACCAACCUCUGUCCACGCUCAGUAUCUCAUUGAGAGCUAUCACUCCGCUCGUGCCUACAGCACCGUCGCCGAUAUCAUCUCCUUGGCCCUUCGGUACCCUGUCUGCACUCAGGCCGUCCUUGACACAAUCAUCAGGAGCCCCGAGUAUCCCACUCUGUCCUCAGAAAACCGAAGAAAGAGGACGGAGCUGCCGCGGAGACUCUUUCGCAACUUAUCGCCGCGUCCUACAAGCAUAGGCAAGCGGAAGCGAGGCGAGCCAGAACCUUCCGGGUGGACAGAAGACGACGACCCGCUGCCUUUCCUUCGCUACCUCUAUGCCCACCCGCGCAUUCGUACGCCGGGAGCCGACUCCUGGGAAGGCUACGCGCUGACGAAAGCUGUACACGCCGAAUUCAUUCCUCUCGUGCAAUUUUUGCUCGAACAUGGCGCGUCGCCUCAGACGAAGGGCGCCCUCGCAGUCAUGGUCGCCAUCCGGCGUAAGAAUCUGCCGUUGGUGCGUUUGCUCAUCGAGCGCGAUGGCCCGCGACAAACCUACAAGCGGCCAAGGAUGAGGGAUGAGGGACCCGGUGUGGUGACGGGGAGGGACGGGAUAUCUGCGGAUUCAGCCCGGGGGAACGAUACCGUGACGCGCGAUAACGGUGCAAAGAGACGGAAACUGGGGGACAGAGUACAGGUGAACCAGGAGAUGGUCAAGACGGCGGUGCAGUCUAAUGCUCGAGACAUUGUGGAGUAUUUUAUCCACGAGAAAGGCUGCGUGCCAGACAUGCAGACAGUUCUACUCAUGGGAGCGAGUAGAUAG